UCGCCGCCGACUACGAUUCGACAGAGCUCAGCGGAGGUGGAGAGAGAGGGAGGGAUGCUGACGCUUACUUGCAACUCUUGCAACAAAGAGUUCGACGACGAGGCGCAGCAGAAGGAUCACUACCGGUCCGAAUGGCACCGCUACAAUUUGAAGAGAAAGGUUGCAGGAGUCCCAGGAGUAACAGAAGAGUUAUUCCAAGCUAGACAGUCAGCUCUUGCUGAAGAGAAUAGCAAGUUGAGUGCAACACCAAUGCUCUAUGGAUGUGCUCUUUGUGGCAAGGAGUAUAGAAGUUCAAAGGCACGAGCUCAGCAUCUUAAAUCACGAGCUCAUACUAUGAAAACAUCAGAGGAGGCAGGCUCUUCAGUUGCAGGCAUCACUACAAUAAAACCAUAUACCCUGCGAACAUCAAAUAAGAUAACUAGUAAGGCUCAAGUUAUUGGAGAAAAUGAGGAUGUUGAAACAGAUGAGAGUGAGGAUGAAUGGGAGGAAGCCAAUCCUAAUGACAUGGACGUUGCUUCUGAAUCUUUGUCAUAUUUGCAUGUUGGGGAAGGCAAUGGUGCUUCUGAUGAUGAGCAAGUUGAUGUCAUUGAUGAAGAAUUGGAUGCUUCUUGUUGCUUUAUUUGUGAUCAAAAGUAUGACAGCAUAGAAAACUGUAUGGUUCAUAUGCACAAGAAGCAUGGUUUUUUCAUUCCUGAUAUUGAAUAUUUGAAGGAUCCCGAGGGCCUUCUUACAUAUGUUGGUCUCAAGGUAAAGAGGGAUUUUACAUGCUUGUACUGCAGUGACAGAUGUCUUCCCUUCCAAAGCUUGGAAGCUGUAAGGAAGCAUAUAAUUUCUAAAGGUCAUUGCAAAUUGCGUUAUGGAGAUGGUGGUGAUGAUGAGGAUGUGGAUUUGGAAGAUUUCUAUGAUUAUAGCAGCAGUUAUGCGGAUGCGGAUGGUAAGCAAUUGAUGUCAGUUGAAGACAUGGAUAAUAGUGUUGAACUAGGAAGUGGAGGCGUUGAGCUCAUCAUAAAACAAAAAACAGAGACUGGCGUGCUUAUUCGAACUUUGGGAUCUCGAGAAUUUCUUCGUUACUAUCGCCAAAAACCACAGCCAUCUCCUACACGUGAAAUUGCAUUGGCUCUUUCUUUAGCAACAAGGUAUCGAAGCAUGGGCUUGGCAACUGUACAAUCAAAGGAGCCAGUUGUUAGGAUGAAAGUUAUGCGGGAGAUAAACCGGCGUGGGAUAGAAUCCAUGCGCUCAAAGAUUGGAAUGAAGAGUAACGUCAUUAGAAAUCUCCCCAAGAAUGUGCCAUAUUAAGGUAGUAGAGAGAGCCUUUCUAGUUGCUUAUUUUUCACUUAGGAAUGAGGAAAACUUGAAUGGAGCAAAAUUUGCAUUACAUGUUAAGAACGUAAUUCAUAUUUGUGUGGUUCUGUUUGAUAGAUUUUAGUCUUUAUGUUAUAUUCUGUAGUAUUUAUGAUGGUUCAAACUAUAACAUAAUAAUUAACAUCAGCGCGGCCCUGUACUGUGCUCUGCAUCAA